AUGUCCAUUAAAAUCACCUCCUACAUACAAUUCUUCAUCUCCUGGAAAUAUUGGCCAAUUAAAGUGAAUAAAAGUGAAUUAUAUCUAUAUUACGUUGAAAAAAAAUUCCCUGAAGUCAAGUUAGGUGGACAGUAUGCGCCUCCGAAUUGCACCGCAAGGCAGAAAGUUGCAAUUAUAGUGCCAUAUCGAGAUCGAGAUCAGCAUUUGCCCAUCUUCUUAAAUCACAUUCAUCCUUUUCUGAUGAAGCAACAAAUAGAAUAUGGGAUAUAUGUUAUAGAACAAUAUCGAUACAAAUCAUUUAAUAGAGCGAAGUUGAUGAACGUAGGUUUCGUGGAGAGUCAGAAACAAAAGGCGGGUGGGUGGCAAUGCUUUAUAUUCCACGACAUAGACCUGCUGCCGUUGGAUCAGAGGAACUUGUACCGCUGUCAAGAAAAUCCCCUGCAUAUGUCCGUACUGAUAGAUAAAUUUAAUUAUAAGGUACAGAAUGUUUUUGGUGGAGUAACAGCCUUGACAUUGGAGCAAUUCACAAAAGUAAAUGGAUUCUCCAACAGAUAUUGGGGAUGGGGCGGAGAAGACGACGACAUGUAUAAAAGAGUACGAAAUGUAUUCUACGGCUUUACAAGAUAUGCCAACCUGGUAAUAACAAAAUACAUUAUGUUAGAACACGAGCAAGCCUUUAAAAACCCUUUUAGGUUAGAACUGUUAUCGCAAACUAGUAAAACAAUGGAUAAAGAUGGACUCUCGUCGCUGAAUUAUAAAUUAGUGAACCUUGUCAAGCACCACCUAUACACACUAAUUACUGUCGAUAUUGAUAAACCGACGGCCCAUAGUUCUGAUACUGUACCAAGAGGCCGUCAAAGUACAAAUGGCAUUCCUUACAGCAAGAGCAACGCCUCACAACUUCACUACGAAGCUCUGUAUUACCUAUUGCUAUGUUAUACAUAUAAAAUUAUCGGAUUUUACGGGCACAUGGUACCGUUUCGGUGGUCGUACAUCGAAUACCCCGUGACGUCUUCGUGAGUGACGGACGUAGUACCUGCCCAUUUAGCAAGCAAGAGAUGCAAAAAUUAUAAGCGCAACACUUCAACCGUCCUGCGACAAUCGUCGUCGUGUAAUGGACCAUCGUCCAACCUUAAUUGUACUAUAAAUAGUUGAAGUAAAGUUCAGUAUUUUCAAGAA